UAAUAAAUAAAAUUGCAGGUUCAAACUAGAAUAAAAAAGAGAGAGCUUAUAAAGUGUAUUGAGUGCAUGUCAAGGAUGAAGGGAAAAGUUGAUUUUAUAUUUUUUUGUGAGGGCGGGCAGGUUCAGGAAUUUAUUUUUAUUUCAUUUAAAACAACAAAAUACGCAUAACACACUUGUCCAGAUGUACACAAAACCAGGAAAGAAAAACAUUAAAAAACUAAAUAUAUAUCCAUAAAUAGCUUUGCACUUCACACAAAAUAUGUAAAAAAAAAACACUAAAAGUUAACAUUAAAAGAUCACAAUAACAACAAAGACUGCAGUGCAUCUGCUGUUACAGUAAAUGUAAGUUGUGAUGUAUGUCUACUUGUUGCAUGUAUUACACAAAAUAGAAAUAUUAGCUACAUAUUCUAAAAUUUUAAAUACAAUCAGAGUAUCUGGCAUCAUCUAAUACACUGCUUGGAUUCCACACACUCAAAAUAUUUAGAUCCAGAAGAGCAAUUAACUGUGCUGUACUUCAUAUAACACCUGUAAAUAUGCUGCUACCUGGUAAUGUAUGCACAUAAACAAGCCUGCUUCAGCCUACUGACAAUUUUGAUGAUUUAAAAUAUGUUAUAUUAUAGGGAGUUGACAAUGCAUUUGAUUGUACUUUUCUUUAUAUUAAGUGUAAUUUAAGACAGGUGCCUCAACAAUUACAUUUAAUUCUUUUUUUUUUUUUUACUUUGCGGGGUUGAAGGUAGCUUACUAAAAUCUAAAUAUAUUGUAGGUUUUGUUUGAUUUUUAAUAAUAAUUUACGAUCACUGCCCAGAUGGUUUACUUGCCAUGACAUUCUCGAUACACUAGGUGGCGGUAAGCGCCUUUAAACUUGUCUCGCCAUAGUCACGAAGAAGAAAGCGUGACGUAUCACUUCCGCAACAACUGACAGUGCGACAACAUGGAUGCGACGCAUGAAGUUAGCCGAAAACCCGCUGGGUUUGUGGGCGAAAGCGGUGCCGACAAGAUCCAAGAGCGGCUUCAGAAGCGGCACCAGGCGAGGGCAGAGGAUGCGGAGCGGAGGAAGGAAGCCAAAGAGAGCAAGUCUGUCGCGGAGGAAAAGGGCGAGUACUUCUCCAGCUCCUUCAACACCGAGCGGGCGUCCAUCGAGGAGCUGCUGUCCAGCUGCUCCGGAGCCGACCGGGCCGUGGUGACUUCGCGGCUGGAGGAGGCGACGGCCAAAACGCUCCAGCUGCAGAAGUUUCUCAACGACAGCAUGUUGUUUCUGACGCAGUACGAGCUGCGACGAGCCCAGGCCGCUCUGCAGAAGCUCCAGGCCUCCAUCGUGGAGGUCAGAGAGGAGGCUCAGCCCAGGAAGAAGUUCACCUUUCGAGCUCGCACCAAAGCAACGGACAAAGUGUCCGAUGCUCCUUCACCUGAGGCCGACACACCUGCAGAUUCUGGUGGCAACAAAGUGGAUGGAGCUGCAGUGUCUGUGCAGUGCAGGUUCUCCGACAUGGACAAUGUGUGUCUGACAAAGACGGCUGAGGAGAUCCAGAAACGAGACGUGCUGUUGACUCACCUGUCUAACUGCAAGGUCCGCCUGUUCGGUUCCCCCAGCACGCUGCACCUGAAACACAUCGACAGCUGUGAGAUCCUGUGUGGACCCGUGUCCAGUUCAGUGUUCAUUGACCACUGCACAAACAGCACUUUGGCCAUCCCCUGCCAGCAGCUUCGUACCCACAACACCACCGACACGAGGGUGUACCUGCACGUCACCAGCCGAGCCAUCAUAGAGGACUGCCAUGGGGUGAGCUUCGCCCCGUUCACCUGGUCUUAUCCCACACUGGAGGAGGACUUUGACAUGUCUGGUUUAGACCGGGACCGAAACAACUGGAGCCAGGUGGAUGACUUCAACUGGCUCGCUGCAGGAACACAUUCCCCCAACUGGACCGUCAUUCCAGAAGCGGACAGGAAAACCACCUGGGACCCCUAGAAUAAACUUUUAGAACCUUGUUAUUUUGCUCAGUAACAUGUCAGUCAAACCAUCAUAUGUAACGUUGUUCGGCCUUAAUACAGAUAAUACAAAUAAGGGUUUUCAUGUCAUUUCACAAAGAUCAGUUGCUGAUCAGUUUAUUUAUGCUGCUGAUGUCUGUUAAAGUUGCACUAAGAUAUACAAAUAUCCAUACAAGAUUAAACUGUGCUUUGGAGUACUGAA